AUGGCCUCGCAACAUAUACACUGCCGAGAGCCUCGACAUCAUCCAGAUCUUGGGGCGCGAAUUCAAGAAUGGUUCACAGCACCUGCCCAAGGCAACUUCAGUCCUGGCCUGCCAGUGAUGAUGUUGCUUCCUCUGGCUGGGGCUGCAAAGCUCUUUCACUCGAACCCGACUAUCAUCUUAGUAGUCAACAUCGUCGCGAUCAUAUUUCUGUCAGAGACUAUCUCGGUCUCGAGUGAUGAACUCGCGGAGCAUCUGGGGGAGCUGCAGGGUGCAUUGCUCAGUGCCACCUUUGGAAAUACCGUCGAGCUAACGGCGGGGAUUCUGGCUUUGGUCCAUGGCGAAAUCCAAUUUGCGCAAUCAGUCAUGGUUGGGAGCAUUCUGUCGGAUAUUUUGCUCGUUUUUGGCGUCUGUCUGAUCACGGCGAGUUACAAGAAAGAUGUGCUCCAUUUCAACGGCGCCCUGGCCAAGACCCUUUCUUCGUUGAUGAUGAUCACAGCAGUGGCAAUCCUCCUCCCAACUGCUCUAUACUCCACCUUCCCAGUGUCUGAGAUUGAUGAUCGAGUCCUUUCAUUCUCACGGGGUACGGCGGUAGUCUUGCUCGCCCUAUACGGAGGCUAUCUCUACUUCUAUCUCGGAACGCACAAGCAUCUCUUCAUCUCAACUGACAGCGAAGCCAGCGAUGACGAGGACGACGCAAAGCCCGAGCCGAAGCCACCAGCAACUCUCGCUUCAUCGAUUAUCCGGCUCACGACAGCUGUUGCAGCGACAGUAUUCUGCACAGAGCUGCUUAUCGAGAGCACAGAGGACAUGGCACAGACGCUCGGUGUGUCAGAGGUCUUCAUUGCGAUUGUCUUCAUUCCAAUUGCGAGCAACAGUACCGAGGGUGUGACCGUGGCCGCAUCGUCCAAGUCGGGAGACACCGACUCUGCAAUUCGGGUGAUCAUCGACAGUCUUCUCCAGAUUGGCCUGUUUGCCAUUCCGUUUUUGGUUGUUGUCGGAUGGUGCAUUGGACAGCCCAUGACGCUCUUUUUUGACUCGCUCCAGACAGUCUCUAUGUUUUUGUCCAUUCUGGUCGUCAAUCAUCUUCUGAGAGAUGGCCAAUAUGCAUACAUUCAUGGUGCCAUGCUCCUUGCCUUGUAUUCUGGCCUGAUUGCUGCAUUCUACACGCGCUAG